UCUUCUUCUUCAUUAUACCAUGGACAUGAACAUACUACAUCAUUACAUUUACAUUCAUGAGAUAACAUAAUACAGAAUCAACCAUAGUAAAUUUGGCACUUCAAAAAACUCCGGAAAAGCAAUUGUACAGAAUAGCACUGCUUAGGCAAGAAUAAACGCCAACAUCUGCCUCGUCCGCUCUUUUUGUUUCUGACGAAUGUGAAUGUUUACCAGUUUGACCGGGCUUCGUCACACUCACAAAUGAAGCUACAUAAGUAAUGCUCUUAACUCUAUUGUAUCUAGAUGAAUUCGCGAGCAUGCUGCAUCUGGGUAGAAAAGAAGUUGCAAGUUGUACAAAAUGUUGAGAAGGAGGCACAAGAACUAAAGAAUUAUAGGAAAGAGAAACUUUAAAAAGCAGGACUACAACAGAAACGGGCUUGUUGUACCUUCACAGUACUUAACAACUUCUUGGUAGAAAAAUGUACUCCAAGGUCAAGCGACGACUCUGAUCUGCAUUUGCUCUCACCUUUAAAAAGCAACUUCCUGCGAAGCGAACCGCUUCUGCAUGUGUUGUAUCUAUGUGGAGUGUCUUCAAAACGACGAGUAGAGCAAUGUUGAAGGCGUCUUCCUCAAUGAAUUUGAGAACCAAGAAUCUUUAUGGAGCAUUGCAACCUGUAAACAAAGAGAUGAUAGGUAAAACUAAAUGAGAAGAGAUAGUACUAGAGAAGAUGGAUGCGCCGUUCUUGUUGAGCUAGUAGUUCUAUCAUCGUCAGCGUGGCGGUGGCCCUAUUCAGCUCACGCAAGAGUUUGUUCUUGUUGCUACUUAUUUUGUUGUUGUGGUUAAGUUUUGAGUUUGACAGUUUGAAUAUCAUGAAGUUUUGAUAAAGAACGAGUCAAAAAAACAUGUCUGGUCUUCCCUUCCCCACGUCUUCUGCUACGCCAGCUACUUCUUCGGGGUCGAAGAAGAAGAAAAAGAUAUGGCCUCCCGAUCUCGCAGAACGUAUGCUGGGAGCGCCAAGAGGUACAUCUUCGAACUCGCCAUUUACAGAGGAGCAAAGGAGCCCAGGCAAUGUUAAGGGUAGGUUAAAGGUGCUUUUCUUACCGCUUUUUAUGCCUCUCUCCCUUAGGUGGAGAAAGGCAUAACAAGCGGGGUAAGCGAGCACCAAAAACCUACCUCUAAUAAUGCAAGCGCAAUGGGUAAUAUGGCUUCGCGACAUGACAUAGCGUCUCGACAUAAGAGUGCUCCUCAUUUAAGGCUCAAUACAUUUCAUUUCCAAGGGUCAUUUUUUGCGCUCUGUUUGUUACUGUUCCCUUCUAUCAUCUUGGGAUUCACAUUCAGAAGAAAUGAGUUGAAGAAAUGAACUGUUUCGAGCUCUAACUCAUGCUCAAGAAGGCGAUGCAUCAGCCUUCAGUAUGCGGACACCGGACGAGGUGCAGCGAAAGCUGAUUCACAUGGAACGACGCGCCAUAAGACAUGCAUAUAAAACCAUUUUUGCCGAGGAUUUGCUCUACUUCGUCGAAGAGCAAGGCAGAACACAGGCGCAGUACUGGGCGACGCAGGUAUCUUUAUCAUUUUGAGUCGAAAGGCAAAAUAUGGUAUCUGUAUCAUCUAAAUGUGAGAAGGAGAAGCGUUAGUUGUACGGACUAAGUGUAGCAUUGAGUAAAUGUAUCUAUCAAAACACUCCUCAGUGCGACAAGCGAGAUGCUAGUAUCGAAUUUUUGAUGCUGAAGUUGAAGGAAAAAGACGCAAGUUGCAGGAUCAUAAGACGCAAAGCGGUGAAAGAUGGUCUACCUCUCGUGGCCAACGCUCCUCAACCGGCACUUUUACCGUUAUGCUUCAUCUUGGUUUACGAGAAUAGAAGUAUCUAUGAUCUGUAAAUCUGAAGAUUAUAAUCCUCGUCGUAUCAGUCUCUACAGAAAGAUGAAAUUGGAGAAAUCCAUAGCAAAAUUUCGAUUUCCUCUAAUGCCCAUGCAACAAUUCCUGAAAGGUCUAGACCCUAGCAGUGCUCCUGCAGCCCCGGACACCAGCUACUUUGCCCAACGACAUCCAAACGACAGUGGCGGAGGUAGUAGCUCUAGCACAUCAGCUGCUCCUGCACCUGUAGUAGCAUCACAACUUUCGCCGUCUGCCUCUGGAUCUGAAGGAAAGGCCCCUUCUAUGAAAUCUCCAGCUGCUUCUCUCUAUGCUGAUGAUGGGAGCAAAAGCACACGAGUAGCGCCAGUACCUCGCAGAUUGCGUAUGGAAUCGACGCCAGCUGCUCAGGCUAAAUUUUUAGGAAUACUGGCGUUACCUAUUGAAUUUGAAACAAAAAAAUUUCGGUUGUAUCAUCUAUCCUUGAUGCUACAAUCCACUUUGAGCCAAGCAGGAAAGACAGACUCACCGUUGGAAUAAAGAGAACAUCAUAAUAUCACACCUCUAACCAACGCGGAAAACACCGCUGCCCCUGGUGCUUUAGAAAGCUCCAGUUCCGCGAGCAGUGCGGCGAGUGAUGCCUCAUUAUCAACAGGGGACGAGAAGGAGGACCAUCAAAGUGGUGAUCUCAAUGUAGAUGAAGAUGUAGAAGUCGAAGGAAGACGACAAGAAUUCCAAGAAAAACCUGAUGUCUCCGACGUUACCACGUCAACAACCGCAGAUACAGGUGACCCAGAUCGAGCUAAAAGCGCAGCAGAAGAUCCUCCCAAACCCUCGGAAAGUUCCUACGCCUGGUGGCCAACCGAGAUAGGUACUCUAGUGUCUGAGACAGCUAGUGAGCUAACUUCAAUGGUCCAGGAAGCAGUGGGGGGACUCAGUGAUUCCUCUGUGGUUAAUAUAGUACCUGCUACUGCUAGUGGCACUGAAACAACUUCUGCUGGAGUAGGAGGAGAUGGAAGUGGAACAGGAACAGUAUGUGUAGCACGCGACAGAGACCAUGACGAGGUCCUGAACCUGGAAUUAGACAGAAGGGUUGACGAAGGGCUGCUUUCGCAGUUGGGAGACUAUGAGGUACUACGAUGAAGUUGAGGAAUUGGUAGUCCAUGUUGCCUAGAGCAUUUAUUAUAUCGAACAAAAAACUUCUCACUUACUUAUGCUCAACAUCGAUGUAAAAAAAGUUCCGUCUACAUCUAGUAUUCCACAUCACCGCGCCCAGGUCGUCAACAUGAACGAGCAUCGAUGUCUGCUAAGCCGUUAUGACGCUCUGAGUCGCAACUACAGAGCCCUAGAGAAAGAGUCUCGACUGCAGAAAGCAACGAUCACCGACCAACGUUCCAAAAUCGGAGGUCUGGACGCAUCUCUUCAAGCCCAAGACCGCAUCAUCGAGAAGCUAAGAGCAGACUUUCGAGAAGCCAUGGCUUCUGCAUCGUCCAGGACGCGCUCUAGCAGUCCCGAGAAACAGCCGAUAACAGCCAAAGCACUCGAACAAAUCGCGGCUUCGCCAGGGACCACUAGUACGAGUAUGACGACAACGUCAGCGCCAGCGGGUACAGAACAUCAACGGGGGUUUGCAUCAUCAUCUCCAGGCACUACCAACGCCAGCAGCAGUGCGACACCAGGUAGCAGUUUUUUCCAACCUGGCGAAUUUCGCGUUGGCAAGACGAAGGUCGACGACUACCUCUACAUCGAAGAGCUAGAGCGCGAGAUAACGAAGCUAAGAGCGGAGUUGACAGAACGCAUGCGAGCAGCGAAAGAGGAAGCAGAAGCGGAUGACGUCGAGGAUGACCUUGUAAGGUUGUCGUCAGGUUCUGUAGUAGAAGCCCCUAGCGGAAGCAAAGGCUCUUCGAGUGCGAGGCUUAGUGGAGGUCGUGGGGUAAGAGGGAAUAAGAAGUUAUGAGAUGGAAAAUGAUUUCGAUAGAUACAGAUAGCUGGAGCUCUUUCUUGAUAUUGUUUGACGAGGCACCAGGAUUGAUUUUGAUUUGAAGUACUUACGAAGUUAUGAGUGGGAAAUAUAUGAUUUUGAUUGAUAGCUCUUAGAUAUUGUUUGACGAUGCAGGAUUGACUUGAAGUAGAAGAUUUGGGUUUCUUCAGAUGCCUUUCAGCUUUUCUAACUUCCGGCUUCCACGCACCCUGUAUCUGGCGCGAGGAAUUAGAUGUUAGGACGACACAGCUCGAGCGCCUAAGCCGCCAGUUAGACGCAACCCACAAUGCUUUUCUGUCGCAACUAGAGGAAAACAAGCUUCUUGUCAAAGAAAAGCAUGAACUUCUGCGCAAGAUUAAGACUGGAAGUGGUGCUGUAGGAUCCGCCUCGAUGUCGGGUGGAGGAAGUGAAAGCACUUCUAAUGUGAACAAUUCAAUGUCAGUGGGUUCUGAUGCAGCUCCACCAGCUGGUAACAGUUACAAGAGUACUUCUCAAGCAGACAACAUGAAUUCUACAACCCCUAACGCCUCAACCCGCGCAAUGGCACAGAAUUUUCUUCAAGAAGGUGGUGUAAGAUUCACAGGAGGUUAUAAUUCUCAUCAGAGAUGAUGAAGCGUGCGUGAGCCAAUUCAGAGCUGCCUCCAAAGGCUUAUUCAAAAAGAAAAAGCGAA